UUCACUGUCAUAUGUUUCAGCCACAGAAAAGAUAUUUCGUAGUCUAAUCUAGAACCAGUUCCGGUAUCUUAAUGGAUAACUUCACCGUGAAUUCGUAAAUACAGUGCAAUUAAUUCUUAGCAUUCAUGGCUUCCACUCUUGCCCUGUGUCUAGCACGUGAAAGAAAAAACACUUUCUACCGAUAAACGUUGUGUUAAUUAACCACCAAAAUCCGUUAACUUUACGUCGGGAGAAUAACAGGUAAUAUGAAGCCUGUUGAUUAGACCUGAACAAAUUGAUAAGGCCCAACCCCCCACCCUCCCUCUAACCCCCCUCCCCCUUCUCCCCUACAUAUAUCUCGACUCUGACCUACUGAUAAGAGAGCUGAUAACGAGGUAGCAGUAUCUUCGUCAAUACCUUUCAGCUCGUCUCGUGGUAAAUGAUCCGGUCUGUUGGAAGUUGUGUGCGCGUGUGCUGUGAAGUUUUCUCGUUAUUCUGAAGUGUGAAGUUAGAGAUACAGGAAAAGGAUGUGGAAAAGAAAGUAAACAGAUAAUUAUCGGGAGGAGAGGAAAAAAUGGUAGAUACGAUGGAAAAUGUUUGUGAUAAAAUCUGUUAUCUAGAAACUUAACUAGCGUUGAAAAUCCUCUCCUAGUCCCUUUAACUUUUAUUUUGACCGAAAACUUUGUGGGGAGAAAAAAACAGCUUAUUUUGUAUUUACCUGUUUAUUUUUUCACAGUGGGGUGUAUAUUUUCCCUGUACAGGUAACAAAAGAUAUUUUCAAAAUAUUCCGAACUGUAAAUAUUUCCUGCGCUGACAACGAUUUUUUUUACGAGUUUUGACCACUCGGCUCUCUGGUGUUGUAAUAAUAUAAUCGUAAAUUCUUCAGGUGAUGGAGUAGAUAUUCAGAAGAGAGAGAAAGGGAGAGAAAGAAAGAGAGAGGGAGAAAAUACACUAACAGAAACAACAAAAAACAACAACGAAAAAAAAAAAAACAUUUCUUAGUGAAUCAGUUAAAGAGAAAGAAAGAAAGAAAGAAAAUAACAAUUACAACGAUAGUGUGAAAAAGUUGACGCACUAGUAAAUAGGGAAAAAACAAUAAUAACAAGAACUAAAAAGAAAAAAAAAAAAAACUACAGCAGCAGCCUCCUUAUGAAAAACAGUCAGAGCCCACAACCGCAACAACAGCACCUCUAACAACACCUCAACAACCACAACCCCGACAUAACAACCUCACAACCCCAUAACAGAACCUCACAACCCUGACAUAACAACCUUACAACCCCGACAUAGCAACCUCAGAGCCCGACAUAACAACAACCACAACACCCUAAUAACAAUCCCACAAGCACAACAACAACCACCCUUCCCCUACCCCCCACCCCCCCAAAAGUCUCCAGGAUGGUCAACACGGGCGCAGGAGGCGCUGCGGCCGCGGCGGAGGGCGGGAAGGAGGGGGCGAUCGCGCGAACCCGAAGCAGCGUGUUCCGGAGGGCGCUCUCCACCGUGGGCAUCGUCUCGAAGGAGGAGCGUCUGCUGGCGGCGUCCGACAGCGGCGAAGUGUCAGCCGUCAGCACCCUGCUCUCUGGCGGCGCCGACGUCAACUGGCAGAACGACCAGGGGGAGAGCGCCCUCAUGUACGCGGCCUGGCGGGGGCACGAGGCGGUGGCGGCCUUGCUGCUGCAGCACCCGGCGACGCACGUCAAUCUGCAGGACAGCGACGGGUGGACGGCGCUGAUGUGGGCGUCGCGCGGCGGGCACGCGGGCGUCGUGCGGCUGUUCAUGGUGCACCCCGACACGGAGCCCGACCUGGGCAACGGCGCGGGCGAGACGGCGCUCAUGAAGGCCUCCGUCUACGGCCAUGAGGAGGUAGUGAAGCAGCUGGUCGGCUCCUACAGGACCACGGUGGACAAGCGGCACCCCGACGGCUCCACGGCCCUGCUGUGGGCGGCUGCGGGCGGCGGGGCCAGGUGCGUAGCCGCCCUGCUGGACGCGGGCGCUAGCCUGGGCACCCAGGACUACGACGGCAUGGACGCGCUCAUGUGGGCGGUGUCGGUGGGGCAACCCGAGACGACGGAGCUGCUGGUGAAGCGCGGGAUCGACCUCGGCAGGAAGGACAAGAUCGGGCGCUCGCCGCUGCUCAUGGCCUCCGAGACGGGCCACGUGGAGGUGGCCAGCGUCCUGGUGCAGCACGACGACACGGACCUGAACGCGCUCACCAAGGACCGCGUGACGCCGCUCAUGCGCGCCGCCGAGCACGGCCACUCCGCCAUCGUCAACAUGCUGUGCAAGUGCCACGAGACGGACGUCAACUUGCAGGACAACCAGGGGCGCACGGCGCUCAUGUUCGCGGCGCGCGCGGGCCACGCCGACUGCGCCUACAUCCUGCUGCACCACCCGAGCAUCAAGCCCGACCUAGCCGACCUGGAGGGCCUCACGCCCGCCAUGAUGGCCGCCUUCACGGGCCACGAGGACGUCCUCAACGCCAUCCUGUCGCACCGCAAGGCUUCCCUCAAGCACAGGACGCGCACGGGCUUCACAGCGCUGCUCAUGGCGGCGCGCAGCGGCCAGCGCUCAGUGAUCGAGCGCCUGCUGGCGCACCCCGAGGUGGACAUCAACGAGAGCGACAGCCAGGGGCUGACGGCGCUGGCGUGGGCGGCCAGGAACGGCUCCGGCCACGUGAUCGAGCUCCUGCAGCAGUACGAGCUGCUCCAGCCCGACACGGCAGAUGCCGACGGCCUCACGCCCCUCAUGUGGGCGGCGCGAUGCAACCAGCUGCUCGCCGUCAAGACGCUCCUGCGAGACGCGCGCGGCGACACCGAGCUCAAGGACCAGCAAGGGCGCACGGCGCUUGCGUGGGCCAAGCUGCUCGAGAACAAGGAGAUCGAGCAGCUGCUGACGCGCUACGCCGAGCUGACGACGGAGCUGUCUGACGACGCCGUCGACGACGCGUCCUCGGAGAGCUCCUUCCACACGCCGUCGCGGCUGCACCAGCGCUACAACCACCCCGUCAGCGACAUGCAGGUGGACAACAUCGGCGACGUCGUCAAGCUGCUGGAGAACGGCCCGUACGUCAACUGGCGCCAGAAGACCGGAAAGACGUCGUUCGCGUGGGCGGUGGCGAGCGGGCAGCCCGACGUGGUCAAGGUGUUCCUGCUGGUGCCCGGGCUCGACGUCAACGAGCGAGACGAGCAGGGCCACACACCGCUCAUGGCCGCCGCCCGCAACGGCCACCCGGAGGUGUUGCGCCUCUUGCUCAGCCACGAGAACGUCGGCUACAACGCGGUGGACUGGCGCGGCCGGACGGCGCUCAUGGUGGCGGCGGAGCACGGCCAGAUCCGGGCGCUCUGUGUCCUCCUUAAGUGCUCCGACGUCAGCGUCAACCAGCGCGAUACCCACGGCCACACCGCCCUCACCAUCGCUGCCGCAGCGGGCAUGGUCGAGCUCACCAACGCCCUGCUGCGCCACCCGUCCAUCGACGUCAACGUCCGGGCGGCCGGCGGGAGCACCGCCCUCAUGCUCGCCGUCAGGGCGGGCAACAACGGCGUCGCCGAAAUCCUCAUCAACCACAAGGACACGGACGUCAAUCUGCCCGACGACGAGGGCGACACGCCCUUGCUGGUGGCAGCUGGCCACCAGGGCGCCGUGGAGGUUUCUCGCCGCCUGCUGCAGCACCCACGGGUGGGCGUCAAUCUGCGGGACCCGCAUGGCAGCACCGCCCUCAUCCUGGCCGCCAAGAACGGCCACCUGGAGUGCGCCAAGCUGCUGAUGGAGCACCCGCUGGUCGACGUCAACCUGCGCGACGGCGAGGAGAAGACGGCGCUCAUCUACGCGAGCAUGCUGGGCCGCGAGGGCGUGGUGCGCCUGCUCUUCUCGCACCCCGACGUGGACCCGAACCUGACAUGCCGCGAGAACGGCUACUCGUCGCUGCUGCUGGCGGCGCGCCACGACCACCCGCGCAUCGUGGAGAUGCUGUGCGCCCGCAAGAACGUGCAGGUCAACAAGCCGGACGACUUCCGCACGAGCGCGCUCAUGCACGCCGUCCGCCGCCACUCGCGCCCGGCCGUCGAAGCGCUGCUCGACCGACCCGACAUCGACAUUAACCUCACCGACGCCGAGGGGAAGACGCCGCUCAUCCGUGCCCUCGCGGACGGACACUACGACCUGGCGAUGCUCCUGCUGGCCAGGACGGACGUCGACGUCAACGCGCACACGCUCGAGAACAAGACGGCGCUCAUGUACGCCGCCAUGUUCCCGGAGGGGAUGCCGGCGCUGCGCCUCAUGCUGGCCAACGCCGCCGUCGAGCUGAAUGCCACCGACGAGCGAUCUUGCACCGCCCUCCUGCACGCUUGCAAGUCUGGCAACGUGGACGCCGCCCUGGCCCUGGUGGAGACGAGCGGCGUCGACCUGGAGCUGCGAGACGACCAGGGCAUGACGCCGCUCAUGUGGACCGCCAUGCUGGGCUUCCGUGUCAUCGUCCUCGCGUUGUUGCAGGUCAAGUCCCUGGAGGUGAACGCCCUUACCCCCGACGGCCUGUCCGCCCUUGGCCUGGCGUGCGAGGCCGGCCAAGUGGACGUGGUGCAGCAGCUCGCGUCCCACCCCGCCGUCGACGUCAACGCCACCAACUCCGGCCGGACGCCGCUCGUGGCAGCUCUCGAGCGCGCCCAGCACGAGAGCGUGCGCGUGCUUCUGCAGCACCCCGCCCACUCCCUGUCGCGGGCGGGCGUCCGACCGCCGUACCUCCCGCCGAACCUGAAGACGAUGGUCAACCUCUACAGGAACAACAGUCAGGUCCGCCACGCCCUCGUGCUGUGCGCGCCUCCGCCCUCCCUGGUAGUCGAUGGCGUCGGGCGGGCUGGCGAAGGGUGCGUCGCAGGAGGAGGCGAAGUCGCGUCCGUGCUCCUGUCUCUUCCUAGGCCGUUCCAGGUCAUCCAACACGUGUUACGACGAGCGACACCCCAGUCUCUCUCGACACAAGUACAGGACUUUGCUUCUAAGAUCGAUGCCAAUGCUCAAGGUGCAGCUGUACUCUACGUGAGCGGAGAGAUCCUGAUCACGCCCGCAGGCCCCGCCCUCAGCCUCCCCGCCCCCUCCGCCCACGCCACGCCCACCAACGUCCUCCUCUCCUCCCUCAUUCACGCCCUCGCCCCCGCGCCCACGCUCAUCUUCCUCCUGGACGCCGUGGGUGUGAAAUUCGCCGAGGAUCUGCCUUCAGAUGGGCGGUCGGGCGGCGCUGGCCACGCCCUCGCUCUGCCGCCCCUCGCGCACCCCAAGAUGGCGGCGCUGGCGGGCGUGUCCACAGGCAAGAAGCAGGUGAUAGGGUCGCGGUGCACGGCCUUCAGCGCCGGCUGCGCGAGGGAAAUCAUCCACGGCGUCACCCUCCCUCAGCUGCACGAGCGCGUCAAUCUCUUCCUCGGGCAGGAACGUCGAGAGGAAAACCCUUCGUCCUCGCCGAGAUCGAGAGCCGUUUUCGUGUCGAACAUGACGUACGAGUGGCUUUUCUAGGAGGAUUGUGGAGUCCGUCCUUGUUUUUGUCUUUUCUUCCCGUUUUCUGUGGUGGGAGGGAGGGUGGAGUGGGGGAGGGGGUGUUAUGUCGCUCGUUCUAUGUGGAAGUGGGAAGGUCUUUCUCGUUUUCUGCGGGACGAAGAUGUGUGUAUUUAUUCUUUCGUUUUUGUGUGUGUGGAUUUAGGAAAUGCUUAGUUGUUUUAUGAUGCUAAAGGAUGGUGUAUCUAGUCUUCCCGUUUUUUAAUGAAGUGAGGGAUGCAUGGUAGAUGUUUCCCAUUUUCCAUGAAGAAAAAGUUGUGUUGUUUCCCAUUUUCUAUGAAGAAAAUGUUGUGUUGUUUCCCAUUUUCUAUGAAGUGAAGGGUGAGGGUUGUUUCCCAUUUUGUAUUAAGAGAAUGAUAUUUGGUGUUUCCUAUUUUCUAAGUUAAAGAUAUGUUUUUUUUUCCUAUUUUCUAUAAGGAUAGUGAAGAUCCCUCACUUCGCAGAAGUUUUCCGUUAGGUAGAUAAUGUAUUUCUAGAGUCUGUGAAGUGAGAGAUGUAUUUCCUAUUUUCUGUGAAGUAAGAUUUAUGUUGAGGGUUGUUUCCCAUUUUGUAUUAAGAGAAUGAUAUUUGGUGUUUCCUAUUUUCUAAGUUAAAGAUAUGUUUUUUUUUUCCUAUUUUCUAUAAGGAUAGUGAAGAUCCCUCACUUCGCAGAAGUUUUCCGUUAGGUAGAUAAUGUAUUUCUAGAGUCUGUGAAGUGAGAGAUGUAUUUCCUAUUUUCUGUGAAGUAAGAUUUAUGUUUCCCAUUUUUUUUAUGAAGUGAGUGGUGUGUUUUCCCAUUUUCUGUGAAGGUGAGCUCUGUGAUUUUGAUGUUUCCAAUAUUGAUGAAUGUAUGAUGAAUGUUUGUCAUUUCCUGCGAAGCGAUUGGAUCGCUGUGUAUUUAUCAUAUGCUUUUCAAAGUAUUCUUUUUUGAUGGAGUGAGGAAUAUUUAUCUGAUGUAUUCCAUUUUUUUCUGAUGUAGGAGACGGGUGUUUGAUGUUUAAUCUUUUCAAUGUCCGAAAGGAAUUAAUACAAAUCUUUCAUUUUUUUAUUGAAUGAAAUUGGUGUUUGGUCCUCAUGCAGUUGAGGAUGCGUGUCUAAUGUCUAUUUGUCUAUGGUUUGGCAAUUCUCGUUUUCUAUACAUUCAGGGAUGUUUGGUAGAUAUAUUUCCCAUUUUCUAUGAUGUGAAGUACGUAGAAUUUUUCCCAAUUGAGUUUAAAGCGAAAUAAUACUCUUGGAAAUGAACCAACAGUAAAAUAUCAGUAAUCAUUAAAUUGAUAGGAAAUCAAUCUAAAGACAUAGGCUAUUUUUUUCUGUUUUCAUUUCUGUUGAUUUUGGAAACGAGUACUUUAAGUUUUUAUGUGUUAUGUGUAUGGAUAUUAUAAAGAGUAAUACAAAUGGAAA